AUGCGGCAGCCAUCGGCGGAGGAUUUAGAUGCUGCUCAGCAGUUGAUCUCGUCGGCGCAGGCCGGACGGGAGCAUAUGGCAGAUCGAUAUGGCGGAAGCCCCGCCGUUAAGUACUCUGGAAGUCCUACGCCAGAUUAUGCCCGUGGGCCAGUACCAGGUUUGGAGGACCGGGCAAUUCCUCAAUCCCAAGAAGGCACCUCCCCACGCCAGAAGGAUACUUCGUUUCUUGGCCAUUCCUGCAGCAACUGUGGUACUAAAAGCACCCCUCUCUGGCGACGAUCUCCCUCUGGUGCUAUGAUUUGCAAUGCAUGCGGUCUUUACUUGAAAGCCCGCAAUGUCGCUCGUCCCACGAAGCGAAACCAACGAAUGCCCAUCGAUCUCGAUGCACCUGGCAAGCAAAAUACACCCGCCCCAACUACCGACCAUACAACGUCUGGGGGAGGUUGUGGUGGCUCCAAGGGUUCUUGCCCCGGUGGUGGAAGUUGCAACGGGACUGGAGGUGCAGAGGGCUGUGAUGGCUGUCCAGCUUUCAAUAAUCGCAUCUACAAGUCCGGAUCUCGCGGUGCAGCCACCACUCACCCAUGGGGUCGACACCAUGCAGAGCCUGAGCCAGCGGCCCCUGCGGAGGCGGAGGCGCCCGCUAAGCCGGCAGCUACUGAGAAUAAUGGGAAUCUGGUAGCGUGCCAAAAUUGCGGGACGACUGUCACCCCUUUGUGGCGCCGGGACGAGCAUGGACAUCCCAUCUGCAACGCUUGUGGACUAUAUUACAAACUUCACGGUUGCUAUCGUCCAACAAACAUGAAGAAGUCCAUCAUCAAGCGACGGAAACGAGUCGUCCCUGCUUUGCGAGAUCAGUCUCCUACAGCGGCUACACAGUCAUCGAACGGAUCGUCUGCCUCGCCUGAAGCAUCUCCGGCUGCUCUGACCCAUGCCCACGAAGAUCAUCAGCGCUACAUGAGCAGUGAGCCUGCAGAUCCAUAUCAUAUCAUGCCAGGGCGAGGACCACACGAAGAUGCCCCUCGACCUUUGCCCUUUGCCCCGCCGCCUGUGGAUUUCACAAGCUAUCACGUCAACUCGGCUCCUGUGCACCAUCAGCUCCCUAAGUUGUUUGAGCCCGAGCGGCUAGGUCCUUCGCCAGUUUCGCAGUAUGGGCGACGAUCUGUUUCUCCGAAUACGCUGAAUCUCCCAAAGAAGCGAACCAUUACCGAGGCUGCCUCGGAGGGACAUCCUGCGCCUUCAUUGGAAUCACGGUCAAUGCAAUUACCCCCAAUCAUGUCUGCCGCCAAUCCUCCACCUCCCGAACGUCUAAGUUCCAUCUCUACCAUUCUGGGUCAGCCAGAUACUCGGGACGAGCGCAUGGACCAUCCUCAUGCAGCUCGACCACCCCUCUUGCAACCCCAGACACUGCCCGGCAUUGCUUCAUUUUCGGACGCCGAACGUGAUCGCCGUGCCCAGCUCGAGCGGGAGGCCGAGCAGAUGCGAGAAGCUUUGCGUGCAAAGGAGCGGGAGUUGGCUCAAAUGCGUUGA